GAUACUCGGAUAUUACAACUUUAGUAGACACACGUCAUGUACAUUAUCCCGUUGAUUUACAUAAAUAACACCGCCCAUGUGGGGCGAAACGUGAUAAUCCUCCGACUCGGGUGACUUUUUAAAAGGAGGAAAAAAAAGAAGAGAAACCUAAAAAGUUUGAGAGAGUGAGCGUGGCAGAGUGUACAGUUCCUCGAGCUGCGGUCAACGAAAGCCGGCGCUGGGUGGACUCUUCUUACCCUGUUUUUGGAUUAUAAAGUAUGGAUGCUUUGAAGUCGGCAGGAAGGGCCAUUAUUCGGAGUCCGAGUCUCGCUAAACAGUCAUGGGGUUCUGGAAAACACAAAAAGCUGCCGGAGAACUGGACGGACACCAGGGAGACGCUGCUGGAGGGCAUGGCCUUCAGCCUCAAGUACCUGGGCAUGACCCUGGUGGAGCAGCCCAAAGGGGAGGAGCUAUCCGCCGCCGCCGUCAAGAGGAUCGUCGCCACGGCGAAGGCCAGCGGUAAGAAGCUGCAGAAGGUGACGUUGAACGUCUCCCCGCGAGGGAUCGUCCUCUACGACAGUGCGUCCAAUCAGCUGAUUGAAAACGUCUCCAUAUACAGAAUAUCGUACUGUACGGCGGACAAGAUGCACGACAAAGUGUUCGCCUACAUCGCGCAGAGCCUGCAGAGCGAGACGCUGGAGUGCCACGCCUUCCUGUGCACCAAGAGGAAAGUGGCCCAGGCGGUGACUCUCACAGUGGCUCAGGCCUUCAGAGUGGCGUUUGAGUUCUGGCAGGCUGCCAAAGAAGAGAAGGAGAAGAGGGGUAAAUCGGGGUCGGACGGAGAGGGAGCCAGCAGUUCUCAGUCAGAAAGCUCGGCCAGUCUCUCCAGCUUGAAAGGAGGCGAGGUUGCCACGGGGACCCUGCUGGAUCUGGAGGAGGGAGCCGUGUCAGUGGCGGACGUGGGCCACAGGGGGGAGCCCUUAACAGCGCACAACCAUUCCAGUGAGAACAACAACACCGUCUGGGAACUGGAGGACGGUCUGGAUGAAGCCUUUUCAAGACUCGCUGAGUCUCGCACUAACCCCCAGGUCCUGGACAUUGGGGUGACGCCUCAGGACUUGAACACGGACGAGUGCCUGUCUCCCUCCGACUGGGACAAAGCCGAGGCCGGCGCCGGCGACAGAGACGACAUGCUCGGCUUCUGAGGGAGCCGUUGCCACGGAGAUGAGAGGAGGCGGGAGGAGAAGGGGAGAGGCGCAGGGCCGGUCUUACUCCGAGGCCCCACCGCAAGCGCCACCUAGUGGGCUCUAGCUGGAAGGGCAACUGAGAGAAUCAUAGUGGCGUGUGCUUCCGGAACUCUCAUACCAAAGCAAUAAAAAUGUUAAUUAUUUCUUUUUUUUAAUUAUUCUUUUCUUUUCUUUUUUUUUUAAAGUUGUGCAGUGAUCACAGUUCUGGUCCUUGUUACAGUCAACAAGCAUUUUAUUUUCUUUCUUUUUUUAUUUUAAUUUUCUUUGUUGUUCUUCCAGUUGUCUUUAUCUAUGUUUGUAUGUGUAUCAAAAGCAAGUGUGUGUGUAUAUAUAUAAAGUAUUAUAAUUUAUCACCCACCUCGAUUACUUAAGUUGGACACGUUAUUCCACUGUUUUAAUAUCCGUUCCUCGCUGACGGAGGGAACCCGGAGAGAGAGACUGUGUCCAUGCAGGAGUUAAAAUGGCCGCUUUCCCUUUCUGCCAAAGAUGGCGUCCGGCCGGCGCAAGGAGGCGGAUCUGUAACGUCAGCGCAAACGGCGCUGGGAAGCGCUCCUCUUUGCCACGCGCCACGAGCCUCUCCGCUUGUCAUCGUCUUCGCUCAUUUCUUCUUCUUCUUUUUAUUCUCUGGGAGUGCACUCCUCCGCCACGGGCAUUUGUGUCAUUUGAGUUUUCAUUCUGAAGUAAGCUAAACGCAGUCGUAAGAGAGGGGUGGGGGUGGGGGUGGAAGUAAAAUAAAAAA